AUGACCACCUUAGCGUCCUCUACACCUACUCCUAUCUUGAAGGUGUCUCAGUCGCCCACACUUCUCAUCAUCAUACUAGGUAUUUCCAUUCGAUUCAUCCACAUCUCCCUCCUUUACAUUCUAUCUAGACUCAUACCAUCCUUCGACUCGUCUCAGUCUCUAAUCUCCCUCGAAAAUUUUCCGGGUCUACGAUGGGAUGCUAUUCACUUCGUAUCGAUAGUUCAGAAUGGAUACGAGUUUGAGCAGCAAUUAGCUUUUCAGCCUCUUCUGAUGGGGCUAUUGCGGUUGUUGGGGCAAAGUGUAGCUUACAUUAGAGGGCGAGAAAUUGAAGUUGUGGAUAUCAUCUGGAGUGGUGUGGGAGUUAGUGCUGUAGCAUGGGUUGGAGCCAGUGCUAUACUGUACAAGCUUACAGUUCAUCUAUAUAACCCUGCGUUCGCCAUUCUCACUACGAUACUAUAUAUGAUCCCGCCUACACCAGUACCUUCUCUACCAUAUACCGAGCCUUUAUACGCAUUUACGACAUUCUUGAGUAUAUAUCUAAUGAUAGUCAAACGACAAUAUCUGUUGACAGGGGUCAUGUUUGCUUGCUCGAUGGGUAUGAGAGCAACCGGGAUCUUCAACAUUUUGAUUCUAGGGGGAGUAGGAUUAAUGGAAGGACUCUCGGUGGAUCGGAUAACGCCCAAGGUCCUAUCCAGAAGAUUGCUCACUCGAUCGCAUAAGCUCAUCAUCCCAUGUGCAUUGACUGUAUCGCCUUUCCUGCUGAUCCAGUGGUACGCUUACCAGUCAUUCUGCUAUCAAAAUGAAGGGCCAGGACGACCAUGGUGCGAGAGCGGAUUACCAUUCGUUUAUGGGUUUGUUCAGAAGGAGUAUUGGAAUAUAGGUUUCCUCAAUUACUGGACUAUCCCAAACAUCCCAAAUAUCUUAUUACCCUUACCUAUAUUCCUCACAUCGGUCCUGGGAAUUAAGAGGAUCGUCCUCUCCUGUCAUACAGCUCAAAGAAGGCCCCAUGUGCGAUCUGAGAUACUGGUCUUAUAUAUACAUCAUACCUUGAUGAUGUUACUUCUACUUUUCAACUCGCAUACUCAGAUAUUGCUCAGAGCAUGUAUAACCGAUCCUGUAAUUUGGUGGAACGUAGCUGGAUCAGCUGUCAACUGGGAAAACAAAGAGGACGACAGUGGCCAGGACAGAGGGAAAAUAAUAGGUGGACGAGGUUAUAUCAGGUUGACUAGAAUAGGUAAAUACUGGAUCGGAUGGUGUGUUAUCUGGAGUACAGUCUCGAUGAUACUUUGGGUAGGACAUUAUCCACCUGCAUAA